GCUCUUUGUAGUCUGUAUGCGUGUCAUGUUGAUGAACGCUAGAACUGGGGAGUCAACAUGUCCACCCCUGCUGCUCAACGAAACAAUAACGAGGAGCCUGGGCUUCACGGCUCUUGGGUAGAGUUAGAGCUAAAUGGGAACACAGGGGCCCAGGGCAACAUGCAUACCAGCCUGCAAGUGGCACCUGCUGCAGACCAAAUAAAUGCAAAUGCCGGGAUGAGUCAAACUCUGCAGACCCUGGAAGUGGUGCCUGAGAGCGAUGAAACCUUUAUCGGAGGACUAGAGCAUGUGCCGUCGUCCUCAUCUAUCCACAAUGGAGACAUGGAAAAGAUCCUCCUGGAUGCACAGCAUGAAUCCAGUCCUAGUAACUCUGCCUGCGAUAGUCCUCACAGGCCACCAAGUCCAGACCAGGAUGAAGGUCAGAUAACUUUUGAUGUGGAAAUGCCAAGUCCGAGAGAUAGUCAGUCAGAGGAAGAAGGUCUGGAGCAGGAGAGAGAGGAAGACAUCUUAAUGAACAAAGAAGUAGACUGGGUUGCUGAUUGGUCCAGCAGACCAGAAAACAUUCCACCAAAGGAGUUCCACUUCAGGCACCCCAAACGUUCAGUUUCUCUCAGUAUGAGAAAGAGUGGGGUCAUGAAGAAAGGGGGCUUCUUCUCUGCUGAAUUCCUUAAAGUUUUCAUCCCUUCCUUACUCAUCUCACACAUCCUUGCCCUCGGCAUUGGUGUGUACAUCGGGAAGAGAAUUGCCACAGCCCCCACCAGCUCCUACUGAAUAGAAGUUGAAGCAGUGCCUGGAUGUUUCUCUUUCUCCAAGUCUCCCUACCAUCUUCCAGUAGUUUAGAUGUGUCCCUGCAUCUAUUGUAAAACCUUCAUAUCUCCUCUAAUCAGCAUUGACUUCUGUCACAUUGUAGAUGUAGUUAUAGAGUUAUAAACAUGACGUAAUGUUGCCACACUCCAUCACCUUUUGACACAGGGCAACAUUGUUCUAAGUCAUCAACUUAAAUCCAGUUGAUUACAGACCCUGUCACAGCCGGAACAAUAUUAGUCAUCCUGUUAAACUCCAAAAUGUGUGACAAGGAUUUGAUGUCUGGUGGCUUCAGGGUUGAGGUUUCUCUACUUGUUUUGAUGAAUUGUCAUGACAAAUCUGGCCUUUCUCCUGAGCUGAAUCUCUACAACGCCAUACCUACAGUACCAACAAAUUGAAUUGGCUCAUGCAACAGUGGGGACUUGUUUUGCCUUAUCUUUUUUUAAUUAAACAUUCAAGGUGCAGUUAUUUGGGGUGGGGAAACUAAUUAUGCUGCACAGUGGGAUUUGUUUUUUAAAUUCCACAAUAUUCUGAGAGUAGAAGUUGUAUCCUGUUGACUCCGGGGAGUUACUCAUAAAGCUUUGUUUUUUGAAGGUUUGAAAGCUUAAACACUGAUGUAGUAUGUAGCUGCAAAAUGUUUCAGUGGGGUUGUUUGAAAACCUAUGCUAGUGGAACUUAAGCUGAAAGGCUUUUUACCAGGCCAUAUGCUGUUUUCUUUUCCUUUUGCCAACAUAUCAUAUUCUUUAACAUACCAUAGCAGCAAUGGCUAUGUGCCAAAUUAAUAUCUUUCACCACUGCACAUUUGUGGUUUAUCUUAGACUGUUUUUUUAAUUUCAAAUAUGUUUAGUUAUUUAAAGAUGUAGAUGUGAAAAAUAAUCUAAGCUGUGAUCUGCCCCCAUAUCUUUUGACAUUGUAUAAUUUGUUUAUACAUUGAUACUAAUGCAUAUUAUAUAGUUGUUAUUGUAUGGCAUUGUGGCAGUGUACGUAAUGUGUAUUUGCUGUUGUUUAAUUGCUGAAGCCAAGCAAAGAAGAGGGUUUUGACUGGGGCCUCAUCAAAGAGUGUUAUCUGACUUUUAUUUAGAUUACACUGUGCAAUCCUUUCACAUAACAUCAUGCAAUAAACAGUGUAAAGAGUCUGUAGAAAAAGUAUAGAUGUUGUUCUGUAUGUGGAUGUUGGCUGGAGGAUUCUUCUGUCAUUGUUUUUAAAUGACAUCAUAGAGUCGAAUGGAAAACCAUUGGCCAUAAUGUGAGCACACAUCAUGCAUACAGGCUUUAAUGCAUUAUAUAACUCAUUCUAACCCAUAAACUGUCACCAUAACAGGCUUAUGUACAGUUGAUCCGUGUGCAAUACAGAGCGUUUUGGAAUUUGAAUAAAGUUUGUACUGUAUGCAGUG